UGUUCGAUUUCGCGCGAAGAGGUUCGGUGUUCUUCUGACUCUUUUUUUCGAACAUCGUUGGAGAACGAACAUGGCCGCGCCCUUGUCGACAAAGAGACGUGAAAACGCGAUUUAGUAGGGAUAUAUUCAUCCAUCAUCGGUCCUACACAUUAAACCUCAUUUCUAGAACGGUCUGAUGAUGCUAGGUUUUAUUACGUAACUAUCGUCUGCACGUGACUUUUCGUUGUCCUGGCAACGACGGACAAUGACACUGUAUGGUGCGAGAGACUAGAAGCGCGGAGGUUUUCAACAGGGACGAACGAUGGGCCUGAAGACCUUGUACUGCGCGACUGUGUUUCUGUGUGUCCUCGGCUCUUUGUUGCCCGUGUACUCAACAGAGAGGCAUUCAGGCAGGCAGUCUGAACCAAACCCUCCGCUAGCUUCAUCACAAAAGGACGAGUCUCAACUCCUGAAGGGAAAACAAGUUCGGUCCCUGUCAGAAAACUGCCCCUUUGAGUGCGACUGCAACCCAGGUACGCUGCAGUGUAGUGAAAGCGUCACCAGGGGGAGCCUCACAGAAGUGCCGGACAGACUCGGAAGCUACCCUGAAGCACGGCAGGCUAAAACAUUAAAUUUCGAGGGAGGCUUGAUCACCAAGAUUUCUGAUGGGGACUUUCUCGGGCUCAGCCAAGCGGAAACGCUAAACCUGAGACAUAACCGACUGAAGGUCGUCACUCCUGCUGCCUUCCAAGGACUGAAUUCUCUGCGUCAGCUCUUUCUUGACUAUAACAAGAUCGAAGAACUUUCCGCCGGGGUGUUAGAUCCACUGGCCAACCUGAAAGUUCUGGAUCUGUCUCACAACGAGCUGACCUUAGAUGACCCUGAGGACACGCCCUUUCUGACAUCACAUGGUCUUCAACACAUCCAGACACUAAACCUGAGUAACAACGCUAUCCAGAAGAUUUGGGAGUACACACUGGUAGGACUGGAACAUCUAACCACGCUUAUUCUUGACGACAACCCGCUCCAAGGCGUUCAGCCGGAUGUCUUUGCCCAGUUACCGCGUCUGGAGGAACUGUCCCUGGUAGAUGUGGACCUACCACCAGAGGUCAUUCUCAGAGAGCUUCGCAAUCUCCCCAACCUCAAGCGCAUUCACCUUGGGAACGGCCGUGAUCCGUGCAACUGCGCAUGGGUGAGGGUGAAAGCGAGGCUGAGGAGACAGGGCGUGGUUCUUGUUGAGCCGGACGGGGCACCAGAGUGUCGGGACGGGGGUUUGAGCGUGUGCGUCACAGCAGAAUCUUCGGAUGCCAGAAUCUUCAGAAAGGACAAUGCCCCACGCAACGACAAAGCACCACCGGUAGUCAAGCUGUCGUGGAAGUCAGUCAGCUAUGGAGCGCCAUCUAAAAAACACAGCAGUCCCUCGAUUCCACGACUAGAAAAGGCUGCCAAACGCUAUGGACCCACAAAGACAACACCGUCUCAACUCAUGCACAUUGUUAAGGACAGGCUCCUACGCACAGAAAGCAAGGAAAGUGUGAGUUCUGAAACUGACACCUUACCCUGGUGGAACGCCAACAAGAUGAAGGCUCCUGCACAGAACGAGUUAAACUCCAACAUGGCGUCGGAAAAAUCUCCCCCCAUUUUCCCCUGGUGGCAUCCACAGUACGUUCGCACAUCGAUGCUUCAUCAAGUAUUCAAGAUGAUGAAAUUGCCGGUCUUUGAGAACGACAUAGAAAAAGAAAAGCCUUCUACUACAGUACUUUGGUGGCACCCGGACUAUGUUAGGUUAGACUCAAAGAAAUCAGCACAUGCACAGGAGUUUCCGUUUGGCUCUCAAAAACACCCAACAUUUACUGGUUUCAACAAGUCCCCAGCCAGUCAAAAGUAUGGUAUGUUGGACAGAAUCGGACAUCGCAAUGGAGACAACAGGGCGAAGUCAAGGAGGGAAGGUUACGCAAACGUGCUGAAGUCACUUUAUGGAAGCCCAAACAGAAAUAGAAACUACCUUCAGCCGGAACUGGACGAGCUGGGCAGAAGUAGACUCCAAGCCAGUAGCCGCAGUCGCCCAGCCAUCCAUCGACCGCCUUACAAAUACGAGUACCACAAACCACGUGGAAUGUAUGGGUACUCACCUAGACUGUCUUCACACCCUACCAGAUACGGCCUCAACUAUCCCAACAAAUAUCAGUAUGGCAAAGAUCAUGGGGCACAGCAUAGGCACGUCCAGUACAACUCACAUCAAAAAGACGUCAGCCAAGACAGGAACAUCAAACACAUCUUGACGGGAAUCAAGGAAAUGCGUUCUUUUGUUGGAGGAAGGAACAUGCACAAUGCUGUGGAAAGUGGCAGAAAGACUGGCCGAUAUGAACAGACAAGCGAGAAUUAUCAUGGACAUCAUGGAAGUCGCGGAGGGAACGAAUGGCUGUACGACAUCUGGAAAAAGACAACAUCAGAAAGACAUGAGAGCGAAAGAGGAUCCCAUCAUGGACGUCAACACGGAAUACAGGCAACUAACGGUAUAGCAAUGGCUAAACAAGAAGCAAGGCUGCCAUUCGUCCAUAGAAUGGAAGAAGAAACGAUGGAAGACGACUUUGAAAGGCUGAGGGAGAAAGUAAGGAAGCUGAAGACGAAGGUCCACCACAUGGAGGAACUUGAAGAAGAGAGGAAGAGGGAACACCACGGGAAGAAACCAAAGAACAAGGGCCGAGAAGCGCCGCCUGACAGCCGAGAGAGGAAGUACAUGGUGCCUAUCCUGUUACCCCUCUCCUGCAUUGUUGUGGUGCUCGUCAUUGCUUUUGUCGUCAAGACUCUAAACUCCCGCCGCCAAGGUGCUCCAGUGAAACAGACUGACGAUCAUGGCUGGCUGUCCAAAUUCACCAAGAUUGGCAAGAAGGCCAAGAAGAAAGUCAAGAAGCCUAUCUGGGCCAUGGGUCGGGGUGCCAAACAGCUGAAGACCAACCGUAAGCAGGCCAUGAGUCUAUCGGGGGACCAGGAGGACUCAGAAGACGAAGAACUGUUUGACGUCAAGAAAGAAGAACCUUCCUUCAAGGCUUACAGAAAGAGUAGAAGUUGAGGAAGGAGACGACGGCUCCAUGGAUGCCUGCCUUUCUAACCCAACUCCAUAUAUGUCAACACUUCUUCAUGCACAAGAUUUCAACGUCACACAAAGACACCCAUAACCUAGCCAACGAUGAGUGUACAGCUCUGCGAUAUAUAACCUCCUAAAAUACCUCACAUGGCUACCUACAAGUACAUGAGCUACCUGUCACUACAGGAUGAAGAAGACUUCGUCACACACUAAAGGACAUGAUCACUGUUGAAUUGGGAGGAAACACUCAACCAACUGAGCGAAGAAACCAGUCACUUUGCUGAUAUUGUAGCUAGCUAUAGCUUCCUUUCCGCGUCAAUAAAUAACCCGUAUUUGCAACACUGCCACAUGUGAAUGUAGACGUGCCAAAUGAUAUACUGUUUCCACUGAAAUGCCAGUGCCACUCGUAACCCUCUUUUACUUUGAUUGUAGUCAAGAAAGGACAAUAAAAAUGG